AGCAAGGCGCGGCCGCCAGCAGUGACACCAUGUGACGGGGCACGGCUCAGUGACACGCAGCUUUGGUUAAAGAGCGGGCGCGCAGGAGGGGAGAAGUCGCGGCACCGGGAGGAAUGGCCUGACUAUUCCGCUUUAAACCAUCACGAGCCAUGGAUGCGGAAGGGCCACGCGGCCCCCGGUAGGAGGAUGUCUAGGCUUCGAGACCCUCAGCGCCCGCGCAUGUCGAUAGAUUUACUGAGCAUCUGCUGUGCGUUGGGAGCUUUAUCUAUGUGUGUAGAACCCCCCUGGAAGACCAUACAACAAUAUAUAUACACUGAUCGUCUCUGCUUGCUGAGAUAACAGGUGUGCCAAGCUUAUAUUGUUGCUGCUAUCUACUGAAUACACGCAGAACAGGAGAAAUUUGGACUCAUUUUUUGGACUACAGAUACUGUCUAAUCAUGAUGCAUUUUAAGAGUGGACUUGAGCUGACUGAGUUGCAAAACAUGACAGUGCCUGAGGACGAUAACAUUAGCAAUGACUCCAACGAUUUCACCGAAGUAGAAAACGGUCAGAUAAAUAGCAAGUUUAUUUCUGAUCGUGAAAGUAGAAGAAGUCUCACAAACAGCCAUUUGGAAAAAAAGAAAUGUGAUGAAUAUAUUCCAGGAACGACCUCCUUGGGCAUGUCUGUUUUUAACCUAAGCAAUGCCAUCAUGGGCAGUGGGAUUUUGGGCCUCGCCUUUGCCCUGGCAAACACUGGAAUCCUACUUUUUCUGAUACUUUUGACUUCUGUGACAUUGCUGUCUAUAUAUUCAAUAAACCUUCUAUUGAUCUGCUCAAAAGAAACAGGCUGCAUGGUUUAUGAAAAGCUGGGAGAACAAGUCUUCGGCACUACGGGGAAGCUCGUAAUCUUUGGGGCUACCUCUCUACAGAACACUGGAGCAAUGCUGAGCUACCUCUUCAUAGUAAAAAAUGAACUACCCUCGGCCAUAAAGUUUCUAAUGGGAAAGGAAGAGGCAUUUUCAGCCUGGUACGUGGAUGGCCGCGUUCUGGUGGUGAUAGUUACUUUUGGCAUAAUUCUCCCUCUGUGUCUCUUGAAGAACCUCGGGUAUCUUGGCUAUACUAGUGGAUUUUCCUUGAGCUGUAUGGUUUUUUUCCUAAUAGUGGUCAUCUACAAGAAAUUUCAAAUUCCCUGCAUUGUUUCAGAGCUAAACUCAACAACAAGUCAUAAUGCAACAGAUAGUGACAUAUGUACGCCAAAAUAUGUUACCUUCAAUUCAAAGGUAAGUUUUGCUUUACCAACCAUCGCAUUUGCGUUCGUCUGCCACCCAUCAGUCCUGCCAAUUUACAGUGAGCUGAAAGACCGAUCACAGAAAAGAAUGCAGAUGGUUUCAAAUAUCUCCUUUUUUGCCAUGUUUGUUAUGUACUUCUUGACUGCCAUCUUUGGCUACUUGACAUUUUAUGAAAACGUGCAGUCAGACCUCCUGCACAAGUACCAGAGUAAAGACGACAUUCUCAUCCUGACGGUGCGGCUGGCUGUCAUUGUCGCGGUGAUCCUCACUGUGCCGGUGUUGUUUUUCACGGUUCGUUCAUCUUUAUUUGAACUGGCUAAAAAAACCAAGUUUAAUCUAUGUCGGCAUACUGUGGUUACCUUCAUACUCUUGGUUAUCAUCAACUUGUUGGUGAUCUUCAUACCCUCCAUGAAGGACAUCUUCGGCGUUGUGGGCGUUACGUCUGCUAAUAUGCUCAUUUUCAUUCUUCCUUCGUCUCUUUAUUUAAAAAUCACAAACCAAGAUGGAGAUAAGGGAACUCAAAGAAUUUGGGCUGCCCUUUUCUUGUGUCUGGGUGUGCUGUUCUCCUUGGUCAGCAUUCCCUUGGUCAUCUAUGACUGGGCCUGCUCAUCGAAUGGUAAAGAAGGCCAUUGAGACCAACUGAGGAAAGACAACAUUCCUGUCAUCAUCUACUCAGUCAAGUCUCCAUACAUCAGCCACUUCUCAUCACUUCUUUUGCAAGUUUACAGAAGCAAACAGAAAUUUUCACAAUGCUUAAGAUGGAGUAACACUUUGAUCACAAAAUAGAGACCUAUGUCUAUAAUGGGUCAUGUCCCUCCAAGAUUUGGGAUCAAUUUAGAGAUUGGAAAUUUUUUUCUUCAAAUUUCAUUAAAUUGUAUUUUAUAGUACUUUCCACAAUCAAUUAUU